AUGACACUUACGACACGUCCUCCCAAGGGGGCCGAAUACCUCGGCGAUCUAGACAUAAAGCUCCCCCUGGUUGUCGACAUCCGCAGCCUGCUCGAGCCUUACGUUCUCCUCGACAACGGAUUAGAGCAUGGCUCCAUAUGGGCGGCGCUUCUAUCAAAGGAUGUUCCUUUCUUGAAAGAACUUCACAACGAGUUGGAGAACGCGGACACAGACGCAGCGUUUCGGGCAAUGCGGUGGUCUCUGGCGAAUCUUGAAGAGUAUCUUCCGCUGCUGCUCCGUCUUUUUCGGGGCGGAAAUAUGAUGGGCUACGUCGAUGCGAACACGGAGACGACGGACGGGAAGAGAGACGCCAAGGUGACCGCGCAAGCGAGAGCGUGCGAGGGGAAUCGUUGCGCGAUUCUGGGGACGGCUGAUCCGCAGAUCUACCACGUCUUCCCUCUCGCGGCGAUCCACCACCGGGAAUCACUGAGCCGCUAUCUUGACUUUCUGGCCCCGUUCUUAGGCGAGGACCUCGCUCGGCGGUUGGGGGAGAAGCUCGCUGGGAGCGACGGUUCGCUCCUCGACGACGUCAGGAACGUGAUCGCGCUGGACGGCCGACUGCACAAGUAUUGGGCCGAUGGACGGUUCGCGCUGGAACCACUUGGACCACCGACUAUCGAGGAUCUGCCGCAGUAUCACCACGAGUAUAUUCAAUCGGGUGAGGAGGGAAUUGGCCGGGUCGAUCCGAAGGAAGGAUCAGUUCACGUCGCUCGAGGCUCCGGGGCCGCCACGCCGACGUCGACGCCGACGUUGGGCUUCAAUCGCCAAUGGUGCCUCGAGCUCAGAUUCCACUGGAUGAAGAAGAACAAGCUCGCCAAGAUGGUGGCGCCCAUGGACUUCGGUACUGAUCCCUUCGAUUCGAGACACUACGAGCCCUCGGGCGAAGAAUUUGACCACUACAACGUCAACACGUCCAGUCACGUGGGCAACGGUCAGAUCAUCAGAAUAUUUGCCAAAGACCCCGAGAGCCUCCCCGACCCCGAUAUCUUCAGUAUCCAGUUCUGUCUUCUCUCGGUGUGGUCUUUGCAGGGAGGCGCCGACCCGGCCUUGUACAAGUUCUUCCGGGACGACCACCAGCCGGAGGCCAUGAGAGGCUUUCUCGAUCGCAUCGGAUCGCUUGCUGAAGAAUGGGACUACCAAUCAAGCCUGGGUCGCACAGAGACUACCGGCUGGACGAAUGAGGGAAGCAAGGGGAAAAAGACGGAGGGGGCUGAGAGUAGACCACAGUGA